CGCGUGGGAUAUGCAUACUUCCUCUGCUUAUAUAAGAUUCCAAAUUCUGUUACAAUAUUUCCUCAACAAACGGCCUUGGCUUUUCUUUCAUCUCAUCCUUCAACUUAUUUUCACUCCCUCUCUCUCUUUCUCUUUCUCUCUCUUGAUCAUACCAACAUUUUUUGUAUUAUUAACUAAUUAAUGCAAUGCCAAUACAAUGCAUAACAAGCAUGCCUCAACAACUUCCAAACCAAGAACCUGAAAAACCACUAGUUUUCGAUGCAUCCCUUCUCAAAAACCAAACCAAUCUCCCAACACAAUUCAUAUGGCCCGACGAAGAACAAGCCUGUUCAAACAUUCCCGAACUCGAUGUCCCAUUUAUCGACCUGGGAGGUUUUCUCUCCGGCGAUCCACUCGCAGCAACGGAAGCAUCAAAGCUCGUCGGUGAAGCAUGUCAAAAACAUGGUUUCUUUCUUGUUGUUAAUCAUGGAAUUGAGAAGAAGCUAAUAUCUGAUGCUCAUGGUUUCAUGGAUGAGUUCUUUGAACUUCCUCUGGUUGAGAAACAGAGAGCUCAGAGAAAAACAGGGGAACACUGUGGUUAUGCCAGUAGUUUUACUGGUAGAUUCUCUUCUAAGCUACCAUGGAAAGAAACACUUUCUUUUCAAUUCGAAGCCGAUGAAAAUUCGCCGAAUCUUGUUAGAGACUAUUUGUGCAAAACAAUGGGCAAUGAGUUUGAGCAAUUUGGGGAGGUUUAUCAGAACUACUGCAAAGCAAUGAGCAAUCUUUCAUUAGGAAUAAUGGAGCUUUUGGGAAUGAGUCUUGGAGUUGGUAAAGGCUAUUUUAGGGAAUUUUUUGAAGAGAAUAGCUCAAUAAUGAGGCUAAAUUACUAUCCUCCUUGUCAAAAACCUGAGCUCACUCUAGGCACCGGACCUCAUUGUGAUCCAACUUCCUUAACCAUUCUUCAUCAGGAUCAAGUUGGUGGAUUGCAAGUUUUUGUUGAUAAUCAAUGGCAUUCCAUUACACCACAUUUCAAUGCUUUUGUUGUCAAUAUUGGAGAUACCUUCAUGGCACUUUCAAAUGGGAGAUACAAGAGUUGCUUGCACAGAGCAGUGGUAAACAGUGAAAAGACAAGAAAAUCUCUAGCUUUCUUUCUAUGUCCCUUAAGUGAUAAGGUGGUAACUCCACCAUGUGAAUUGGUGGACAAUUACAACCCAAGAAUCUACCCUGAUUUCACAUGGCCUAUGUUGCUUGAGUUUACUCAAAAACACUAUAGAGCUGAUAUCAAAACACUAGAAGCAUUUGCCAACUGGAUUCAACAUAAGAGCACAUGAAGAACAUGAAUAUUGGUCUAAACAAAAAUUGACACUCAUGUGGAACUGACAAGAGAGUUAGUUUCUUCAUGUUUUGUGUAUGGUAAAAACUAGUGAUGAAGGAAAAAACUUGUAAGGUUAUUCAUGUAAUUUUCAUUUGAUGGUAUAUUAUAUAGAAGAGAUCAAGCAACUUUUUCAAAUGGGAAAUGUAACUUUUUCAGAAGUGGAUGAGAUAUUUGGCUAACGACAUAUUAGGAUUGCAUCAUAUUAUGUUCGGUUCUUGGACAGUUUGGUCCACUACAUACACGAUUGCAUCUAAGUGAUAGAAUAAGGGGCCCUUAAGUCAGUUUGAGUCAAGUCAGUUUGUGGCUCGAUAUUUUAUAAAACCAAAAGAAUAAAGGGAAAACUCAGUUUGGGUCAAA